UGUAAGGUGGUUGUCCUAACCUCCUUGCUGUACUGUCAAGGAAAACAAAAGCAAUGCAAUCUUGUCAUGUUUUGCCUACAUUUCAAGGAUUCGUUUAAUUCGGAGAUAUAACUGUCAGGUGGUACUUUCACAAGAUUGAUUGAACAGUUAAACCAGCGGAGAGUUGUCUUUCUCAGCCAGUGAGCGCGAGGCAUCUGCAUGCAAGAUUUAUCAUCACAUCCAGAUAUGCAUCAGUUUUACUUUGGUUCUGUUUUGUGACUGAGGGUAAUGUGAAUGCAACAUGAGUUCUCCAAAAAAAGGAAAUGCAAGACAUUUAUCCAAAACAACUGAACUUUCUGGUCCUGCACAGAACAGCACUCAGAUUGAAAACCCUGACAGCCCAAAGAAAGAGAAGGACAGUAUGCACACACAGAUCAAAAAUCCAUUGAAGUCACCAGACAAUAUUUCUGAUGUAGAGCAUAACCACAAAUUGGCCAUUAAAACAGAAAAAUCAUGUCUUCAGACAUCUUCCUGCAUUGUUUCCAAGGAAGCAUCACACCAGAAAGAACCUGAUUCACCUAUUUCAUCUUGUGGACAUGUGGAAAGUACUCAGUCUGAGCUCUCAGGCAUAAGCUAUACAAAGAAAACAAUACGACAAAAAAACCAAUAUAGCCAAGAAUCCCUCAAAGAACAUACUACCAAAAAUCUUUCAAAAGGAAAAGAGGAAAAUACUGGCCAGUUGAACAGUCACUUACCUUAUGAAACCAAAAAUGCUGAAGAGAAUAACUGCAAAGUUCAAACGACAACAGAAAUGUAUGAAACAUCUGAGUCAUUGCCAUUAAACACCACUGCUGAUUCCUUCACUGGUAGUUCUGUAGACAAGAAGAAGGAGAGAAGGAAGAUAGUGAAGAAACUUGCCAAAGAUGAAAAAAGAAAGCAACGUGAGCUUGAAUACAAAAAGAAUCUUCAAUACCCAAAGGGACAAAGGAUUCAGGUUAUUGAUCACAACACAUUCCACAAAAUUUUGAAAGAUUCUGGAUCUUUGCAAAGUGAAAAUAAGAGAUCAUUACUCAAUUCUGAAGAAUUUCCAGCAUUAAAUGUAUUGAAACGUAAUGACAGAUUUCCUGUAAUGACUUGCCAAAAUUCUUCAAUGCAGUCUGAAAGUGAAAAAUCAAGGGUGCAAGAUAAGGCUACUAACAACAUGGGAAAGUGUACGAAAAUGUCAGAGACUCACCCUGUUGUUAAUGAAGAAAUGAUAAACAAGGUGGGAAAGAAAUUUUGUGUUCCAAGUAAACUAAAUCCUAAAGGUUCCCUGAAGAAAAUAGGAAAGUUACCAAAGAAACGUGAUCCCAUACAAAUUGACAUUCUACAGUGUAUAAAGAUGGUAAAAUCGAAAGAUGCUGUGGUAGAACCAAGGAAAAAAGUGACUGCUUUGGAGAGGAGGAAUGAUAAUUCAUUGCUUGGUGGCAAUGAAUUGGAUUCAUCAAAUCCUCAACGUAGUCGGGGGAAAAAGAGAGAAAAACCAAAAAAGAAGAGGCCAACAAGAUUGAAACUUGUUAUUCUUCAUGAACGUCAGCUGAAAAAUCAGCUGAAGAAGUUACAGGAAUCAGAUUUACUUCAAGCAGAGAAAGUGUGUUUUGGCACAGAAAAAACGAUAAAUUUACUAACAACAGAGGGCGAAAAGUUAAAACAAGUGGAACAUAUUACCAAUAUGUCAGACAAUGAAUCAACAAAUUUAUCAGCAAUAGGGAGCAUAAAGCUGGAACAUGUGGAACCUGCUGCUAAUAUGCCAGACAAUGGAAUUGUUAAAACUGUGCCGGAGUCAAUGUGUUUACCAACAACAGUGGGCCUAAAGUUAGAACAGGUAAAGCAUCUUUGUAACUGUUCAGACAGUGAAGGUGUUGAAACCGUUUCCGUAUCAGCGAAUUUGCUAACAACAAGGCGCAUAAAAUUAGAAAAGCUGGAACCUGUUACUAAUAUUUCAGACAACAAAGUUGUUGAAACAGUGCCAGGAUCAACAAAUUUACUAGCAACAGGAGGCAUAAAGCUGAACCAUGUGGAACCUGCUGCUAAUGUGCCGGACAAUGGAAGUGGUAAAACAGUGCCAGGGUCAAUGUGUUUACCAACAGCAGGGGGUCUAAAGUUAGAACAUCUUAAUAACAUGCCAGACAAUGAAGCUGUUGAAACAGUUCCAGGAUCAAGGAAUUUACUAACAACAGGGCGCAAAAAAUUAGAAAAGCUGGAAUGUGUUACUAAUAUGUCAGACAGUGAAGUUGUUGAAACUGUGCCACGAUUCAUGAAUCUGUUAACAGAGGGGGACAUAAAAUUAGAAAAGAUAGAACCAGUUACUGAUGUGCCAGACAAUGGAAUUAUUGAAGCAAUGUUGGGAGAAACAGAUAUGUCAAAAGAAGGCAGAUAUAAGUGUGAGGCACCAUCCUCUGAUAGCAGGACUGCAGCAGCAAGUACGAAUCAGUUUUGGAAUGCUGAAGAUGACAGUCAGACCUACACGCAAAGCAGUCUGCACAUAAACAAUAAUCAACCAUACGAAAAUGAAAGAGGAAGAGUUCCUGAUCUUAUGCCAUCUUUAUUGUACUCUGCAACAGAGAUUCUGAAGAAAGAAAAGCAAGAAUUCAUUAGUUUAGUGAAGGAAAGUAGUUGCAUUGUAAAUUUGAAGCAAGGCCAGCAUUCUGUAGCCACUGCUGGUGACGACAUUAAACCUACCCACAUUUCAUCAAAUGCCAUAAAACGUGAAAUUAUACUUAGCUCACCGAAUGAGCAUUGUACAGGUAGUGUGGAAAAUGUCAGUUUUACAGAUUCAGAUACAUCUAACAAGCUACAUCAGAUCAAAUGCAUAAAGUUUCCCAAAGGUGAAGAUUGUGAUAGUCCCUCACACCAUGAAAAAACAACACAGAAGACUGAAAUUCACAGCAGAAAAUUCAGGCCGUACUGUGACCACUUCAUAACACCUGAGAUUAACAGCUCUGUCACCACUUUGCUUCAAGAUGUAGUUAAAUUUCAUGAUCGCCAAUUUGAAAGGGAUCCUGUAAAGGCUAAUGCUAGACGCAGGCAUGUCUCCGGUCUCCGUGAGGUUCUCAAGUACCUGAAUCUUAAAAGGUUGAAGCUGAUCAUAAUAGCACCAGAUAUGGAACUCAUUGAGGGCAAAGGGGGAAUAUGUGAUAUUGUGGAACAGCUUAAGGAAGGUGCACGGAAACAGGAGAUACCAUAUGUGUUUGCCCUACAAAGGAGGUCACUUGGGAAAAUCACAUUCAAAAAAGUCCCUGUGAGUUGCAUUGGUAUCAUUAACUAUGAUGGAACUGAGAAAAAUUUUCAUUCUUUGGUGGCAGCAUUGCAGAUAGCAAGACUUCAAUACCAAGAAGCAUUAACAGAUGUAUGUUUCAAGGAUACACAGUCAGAGGAAGUGGAUAUAAACAAACAAGUGAUUGAAACUGCACUUUCAAGAUUAACAGAAAAUAGUUCAACAUCAUGUUUGGAACAGAGGCACUUAUGUGCAGAAACAGAUCAGGAAUGGGAGGAAUAAGUUUUUAUAUUCUGUAUUGGGUGUACAAGUUUAUAUUACGGAAUUGAAAUAAUGGAACAUAAUAUUAUUUUUUGUAUAUAAAAUAUGUGUACCAUACUGUA